UUUCCACCCGACACCGAUCUGCAUCCAAUAAGUCGAGAUCUUCCAACACGUUAGAAAAUUGGCCGUCCACGCUUGAUGGCGUCGAUGGAGGAAGACGGCGGCGGCGGCGGCGGCGGAGGGAGCAACAAGAAGAGGAUGGAGGCGAUGAUAAGUACGAGGCUGUCGGACGUGGUGUUGGACAUAGUGAUGCCGUACAUCCACGACCCGAAGGACCGCGACGCCGUGUCGCAGGUGUGCCGGCGGUGGUACGAGCUGGACUCACUGACUCGGAAGCACGUGACCAUCGCGCUCUGCUACACCACGUCACCGGACAGGCUCCGCCGCCGCUUCCCCCACUUGGAGUCCCUGAAGCUCAAAGGAAAGCCACGCGCCGCCAUGUUCAACCUCAUACCUGAGGAUUGGGGCGGUUUCGUUACUCCUUGGGUUAAAGAGAUCUCUCACUACUUCGAUUGCCUUAAGAGCCUUCACUUUCGACGAAUGAUCGUUAGGGAUAUGGAUCUUGAGCUUCUUGCUCGUUCCAGAGGCCAUGUUCUUCAAGCUCUUAAGCUUGAUAAGUGUUCUGGCUUCUCCACUGAUGGACUCUACUAUAUUGGCAGAUUUUGCAGGAAUUUGAGAAUCUUGUUUUUGGAGGAAAGCGCGGUGGUUGAGAACGAUGGUGAAUGGCUCCAUCAGCUUGCUCUAAACAACACAGUUCUUGAGUCCCUCAAUUAUUACUUGACGGAUAUUAACAACCAUGUUAGGAUUCAGGACCUUGAGCUCAUAGCCAGAAACUGUCCCAACUUAGCCUCUGUGAAGAUUACUGAUUCUGAAAUCAUGGACCUUGUCAACUUCUUCAGAUAUGCAUCGUCACUCGAAGAAUUCUCAGGGGGCACCUACAAUGAGCCACCGGAGAGGUACAAUGCCGUGGUGUUGCCAGCAAGGUUAAGCCGAUUGGGUUUGACAUACAUUGGAAGUGAUGAAUUGCCGAUUGUGUUCCCUUACGCCACACUACUCAAGAAAUUGGACCUUCUAUAUGCAUUGCUGGACACAGAGGAUCACUGUAAUUUAAUUCAAAGGUGCCCCAACUUGGAAGUCUUAGAGUCAAGGAAUGUAAUUGGGGACAGAGGAUUAGAAGUACUUGCCAGCAGUUGCAAGAAGCUAAAAAGGCUAAGAAUCGAAAGAGGUGACGAUGAUCAAGGAAUGGCUGAAGAAGCAGGUGUAGUUUCCCAGAGAGGACUAACUGCUCUGUCACAAGGCUGCCCUGAACUUGAAUACAUGGCCGUUUAUGUAUCCGACAUCACAAACGCGUGUUUGGAACACAUAGGCACCCACCUCAGAAACCUCUGCGAUUUUCGCCUCGUCUUGCUCGACCGAGAGGAGAAGAUCACUGAUUUGCCCCUUGACAAUGGGGUGAGGGCACUGCUAAGAGGUUGCAACAGACUGAGAAGAUUCGCAUUGUACCUUAGACCAGGUGGCCUCACUGACGUGGGGCUCGGUUACAUUGGGCAAUAUAGCCCGAAUGUUAGAUGGAUGUUACUCGGCUACGUUGGUGAAACCGAUAGAGGACUCUUGGAGUUCUCAAAGGGUUGUCCAAGCCUUCAGAAGCUUGAGAUGAGAGGGUGUUCAUUUUUCAGUGAGUAUGCAUUGGCUGUUGCAGCGACACGGUUGACUUCUCUGAGGUACCUUUGGGUGCAAGGCUAUGGAGCGUCUCGUUCGGGGCGUGAUCUUCUGGCAAUGGCUAGACCAUUUUGGAACAUCGAGUUGAUCCCUUCGAGGCGUGUGGCCAUGAAUGACAAUGCUGAGGUCGAGCAUCCAGCUCACAUUCUUGCAUACUACUCCCUUGCCGGACCGAGAAAAGAUUUUCCAGAUACUGUUAUACCUUUGGAUCCAGCAGCAUAUGUUAAAGAUGAAGACAAUUAGAUAUCUGUAUAUAACAACAACUUUUCUUUUUUGGAAUCCUUUUGAAAGUCUCUGUUUCUAAGUUGGUUGUCUUGUUCUUUUUAGUUUAGAUGGUUUUCCCCCUUCAAAUUUUCUAUGCAAUUUGUAGCCGUAGCGUAAUUAUGUAAUAAGCUUUGUGUUUUUUCUGUUGUAAUUCAGAAAAAAAAAUGGUUCUAUUUCCAAACUCUUGUUCUCUUUCCAAUGAUGUGCAUGCACAAUUUUGUGAAUAUAAAAAGCGAGGAUUGGUUUCUCUUUGUUGUU